CCUCCAGAUCACUAGAUGGCAGGAGAAAGCCUGAGUGGCGGUGAAGCUGUUUCAUUUGACCCACAGACUGAGUCCCAGUAUCUUACUGGUUUAUUACUGUUGUAUCAGCUGGGCUGGAAAUUUGCUCUGAACCUUUAUGAAGUCUUUCAUCAUGAAAAGCUCGAAGGAAGCUGUUCAGACCGCCGCGAAGGAAUUUCUUAAUUUCGUUAAUCGCGGAGUUUCACCCUAUCAUGUGGUUGAAGAGUGCAAGAAACGCCUUUUAGAUGCUGGCUUUACGGAGCUAAAGGAAUCUGAACACUGGGAUAUCAAACCAGCAAACCUGUACUUUGUGACCCGGAACUACUCCACCAUCAUUGCCUUUGCUGUGGGUGGCCUGUACAAACCAGGCAAUGGGUUCUCCAUUAUCGGUGCUCACACGGACAGCCCCUGUCUGAGGGUAAAGCCACGCUCCAAAAAGACGAGGUCAGGCUGCCUGCAGGUAGGUGUAGAGUGCUAUGGCGGAGGAAUCUGGAACACAUGGUUCGACCGGGAUCUGACCAUUGCCGGACGUGUCAUGGUCAGGAGUGGAGAUAAGCUGGUGCAUCGUCUCGUGCAUGUCCCGCGUCCCAUCUUGAAGAUCCCUCAUCUGGCCAUUCACCUGCAGAGAGACAUUAACGACUCGUUUGGCCCUAACAAGGAGAACCACCUCGUGCCUUUCUUGGCCACGGCCAUUCAGGAAGAGCUUGAGACGGGUGUUUCCGCUGCUUCUUCCAGUGAUGCCUGCAGUGCAGUUUCCACAGCAGAGAAACACCACCCGGCUCUGGUCCAGCUGCUGUGUAAUGAGCUGAAGGUCAAAUCUGAUGUGCUGCUGGAUUUUGAGCUGUGUCUGGCAGACACGCAGCCAGCGGCACUGGGAGGUGUGUAUGAAGAGUUCAUUUUUUCGCCUCGUCUGGACAACCUUCACAGUUGCUUCUGUGCUUUGACUGCUCUGAUAGACUCGAGUACUCCUGACUCUCUCUCUGGAGAGCCAAAUAUCCGCAUGGUCACUCUAUAUGACAACGAAGAGGUAGGGUCAGAGAGUGCUCAGGGUGCCAUGUCAAAUCUGACGGAGCUUAUUCUGCGUCGCCUGGCAACCAGCCAGCAAAAUCUGACUGCCUUUCAGGAGGCCAUGCCUUUAUCCUUCAUGAUCAGUGCUGACAUGGCUCAUGCUCUGCACCCAAACUACCAAGAUAAGCAUGAAGAGAAUCACAGACCAGUUUUCCAUAAGGGUCCAGUCAUAAAAUUUAACAGCAACCAGCGAUACGCCACCACUGCUGUAACUGCCUCCAUCAUACGAGAGAUUGCAGUGAGGAUGGAUGUGCCUCUUCAGGACGUGAUGGUGCGGAACGACAGUCCCUGUGGAACAACCAUUGGGCCUAUCCUGGCUGCUCGGCUGGGCAUUCCGGUGUUGGAUAUCGGCGCUCCACAGCUGGCCAUGCACUCCAUCAGAGAGAUGUGCUGCACCUCUGGUGUCCUCCAGACCACAACUCUAUUCAAGGGCUUCUUUGAGCACUUCCCCUCCGUGAGAAAAAUGGUUGUGGUGGACUAGAAUGUGCUGCUGUGACACAGCAUAUCUAGACAAAUGGCCAGAUAUGUAUCCAAAUAAGGAAAAUCAUACUCUCAAUAUCACAUCUUAAUGGUGUACUUUGGAUAAUUAUCGGUUUUAAAUUUGUAACAAUCUGUCUACUCUAUACUGAAAUCCCAAAGAAACAUUUUGGCUGCUAAGUAGAACCCUUAUUUCAAAACCGCAAUUCUACAUUUACUCCAAGCACAAUAGUUGUAUGGACUAGAAGGAUUUCUACAUUUUUGAAUGUAGAUUUUUAAAUCAUUUAACAUUUCAGGUAGAAUGGAAUUGUUAAUGACAAUAAAAAAAUGUCUCUA